AUGGGCAAAAAAAGCGUCAAAGCCGAAGCCGAGGACAGCAUGGACACAUCAACUGUGGCCACAACCACGAUCGUGCCCGCCACCGACAAAGACGAAUAUAACGCUCUAACCGCUGUCUGCAAUGAGAUCUCCCAACCAAUGGCCGGUCGAAAAUUGGCAAAGAAAAUCUACAAACUGUUGAAACACGUUGGCAAGGACAAGAACACCGUCUCCGUUGGGCUCGCCGCAGUUAUGAAGUCUCUGAGAAAAGGAGAAGAAGGGGUUGUUAUUUUAGCUGGUAAGAAAAUCGUGUUUAUUUUAUUGCGUUUUAGGAAAUGUAUGGCCAAUUGAUAUGUACUCUCAUAUUCCUGGUAUUUGCGAAGAGAAGAACAUCCCGUAUGUCUAUACCCCAUCUCGCGAACAUCUUGGAUUGGCCCUGGGGUACAAUCGUCCAUGUAUUGUCGUGUUGAUCAAGAACACCAAAUUCAGCUCCGAACAAUUCGAUGAACUCUCCGAGGCAUGUAAGGAGCUCGAUGCGCAGUUUUAA